AACGAUAAAAAACCCAAAGGAGAAGUGGAAGUACGGGUAGGCAGUGGUGGAAGGAUAUUUUGCGAGGGCUCUGGAUUAUUUGUGUACUGUGCAUACAUAUUUUGCUAUGGAUUCACAGCCCCCGACACGGCCAUGGGAAAGGCGGAUUCCUGGCUCUGUGGGUGCGCCUUUAAAUUACAGAUCUGCAGAUUUGGGACUAGCUACAGGCUCCUCCACCUCUGCUGGCCCUUCUGUCCUGCCCAGGAUGGCGCCCCCGGUGCCCCCUCGUCAGGUCCAGCAGUCCUACCGUCCAUCCUACAGCUCCUUCUCCCCCUCUUACAGCCCCUAUGGGAGCUCCAUCUAUGGUGGCUACAGCCCUUACAGCUACGGCUAUGGUGGCGGUUAUGGUGGUGGCUACAGCCUGGGAGGAUACAGACACACACCUCACCUGGAAGAUGUCCCCCCCAGCAGGUUUGUGCAGCAGGCAGAAGAGAGUAGCCGCGGUGCCUUUGAGUCCAUCGAGAGCAUUGUCCAUGCGUUUGCUUCAAUAAGCAUGAUGAUGGAUGCCACCUUUUCUGCGCUUCAUAAUGGUUUCCGUGCUGUACUGGAAGUAGUGAACCACGUCACACGACUGCGCGUGCACCUCACCCGGGUUUUGUCAAAGUUUGCUCUGGUGCGCACAUUGCACUACUUGUACCGCUUGGCGCAGAAGCUGCUCGGGCGGAGGCUAGACCCUGAGGUCGAGGCCCUGUGGCCCAACCCCAGUGAGGCCACUGGUACGAGAUCGUCCAGAGAGAUGGAGGACCAGGCAGUUAAAUCCUGGCCCAUCUUAAUGUUUUUUGCUCUAGUCUUGGGUGUACCCUACCUUAUCUGGAAGCUGAGCUCCACUGCUGACUCUGAAGUCAAAGACACUAACUGGGCAAGUGGGGAGGAUGACCACGUGGUGGCCAGAGCAGAAUAUGACUUUACAGCUGCUUCUCAGGAGGAGCUUUCUAUGCGAGCUGGAGAGAUGCUCAACCUCGCUCCUAAAGAGCUACAGCCCCGUGUGCGUGGCUGGCUCCUGGCCAGUGUGGACGGUGAGACCACAGGGCUCGUCCCAGCCAACUACGUUAAGAUUCUUGGCAAGAGGAGAGGCCGCCGGGCCGCAGAUAUGGAGAGGCUCGCUCAGGCCCAGCAGGCGAACACGCAGGCACCCCAAACAGGCUUGGCUGCACAAAUGCAGACAACUGGAGCCCAAGGCUUUACCCCGGACCUCCCCUCUGCCUCGGCUUCCUCAGAGGACUUUCUGGAGUCGGCGUACAGAGAAACACCUGCUUCAUUCAAUCAGGGAUCAUCCAGCUCCACCAUGACCUCCAACACACCGCUUAACAUCCCUGAAAAGACUGAUCCAUGAUCUUUGUGUCCAUAAGUUUUCAUUCAUAACAGCGGUUUGUUCAGUCUGUAACUCUGGAGCUUAACUAAUAAUCUGCUGUUAGUUGAUAUUUUGGGGUGGUGGGCGAUCCACAGACCUCAUCAAGAACUGUUAAAGUAAUUUUUGAUUCAAUUAUUUUAAUGCAGUAUGGAACUUCUUAUUACUUGCCAAGAAUUGUUUCCUUACACAAGGCUCACUGCAUCUGAAAAUCUGAGCUUAAUUUUUUUUAAACUCAAAAGCUUUUACAGAAAUAAACAUAUGAGUAUUCUAAAAUGUGUUUUUAGGCGCACUGGCACAUUAUGUGUACACGGACAGUGUAAGAACACAG